AAAAAAAAAAAAUAACAAAGGAAUUCAGAAAAUCUUUGGAAUCCGUGACCGUUAUAUGUUCCAUGUAGCUCUACGUCGCUAGUUUAGGUGGUCGUUUAAUUCAUUGUUCAAUAGGGUUGUAAUGCAUUUUAAUUCAUUAAAUAAUGAAUCAAGAGUUCACUAUUGCUUAAACUAGCGUGAUGAAUAGCAUUAUUGUUCACCAAUGCACUGCUAAAAGGUGCUAACUAGAGCGUGCCCCAUCUCUUGACAAGGUUGACAAUGAUCGCGACCAUCCAUUUGUAUUUUAUCAUAACACGAGACUCCUAAUUACUGUACAAUAUUGAUAUCAAUAUGUUCUGUAUCAAUUAUUGGAAUUAAAUCGACAAAAAGACGCAUUAACACGGAGAUGAUUAUUUCAAACUUAUCAUUGUGCAUACUUGGCGUGAUUUGAAGCUUCUAUUAGUAUUUUGUUAGGUUCGAUCAAUUUCUCUUCAUAACCGAAACUAAUGCGUCUCGCGGUUCUUAACAUUACCAUUGCAAUAGCAUGGUACAUCUACCGAAGCACUAAGUAUAACAUAUUCCACUUCACACAUGGCCCAUGCGAUGCCAUGUGCGCUGUAAAGAGAAAAACGAAAAAUAACUCAGCUCUGCUCCAUAUGCGCGCCACAAAGCCCAAGGUCCCCAAGCUUCAGAUCUUCAAAUUAUCCCACAUGUAAACAUAUAUGUAGAGAUAUUUGUAUCAGUGAAAUGAGAUCUUAAAUCGUUAUUAUCGAAAUUAGAUUCCAGAUAAAAAUGGGUCGCUUCAAUUUGGCAUCUUCGAAGCGGAAUCCGAAGCAGUGGCGUUUGCUGGACAUACUCUCUGCCGCUCUCUUAGCGGCGGUGCUGCUCUUUUUCCUGUUAGUUUUCACACCACUGGGCGGCUCGGGGCGGGCGCGGACAUCCGGUUCCGGGUACAAUCCUACGCAACGGGCGAGGGUGGUGACGCUUCUGGAGUCGGAGAGUCAGACGGCGGCGGUGGAAAUUGAAUCUUGUCCGGCGGAUAUGGUGGAUCAUAUGCCCUGUGAAGAUCCGAGACUUAAUAGUCAGCUUAGCAGGGAAAUGAAUUACUACAGGGAAAGGCAUUGCCCAAAGCCGGAAGAAAUGCCGCUCUGCUUGAUCCCGCCGACCAAAGGGUAUCGCAUUCCUGUCCACUGGCCGGAAAGUUUGUAUAAGAUAUGGCAUGAUAACAUGCCUUAUAACAAAAUAGCUGAUAGGAAAGGCCAUCAGGGAUGGAUGAAAAAGGAAGGCCGAUACUUCAUAUUUCCUGGUGGUGGUACAAUGUUCCCGGAUGGAGCAGUCCAAUAUAUUGAGAAACUCAAACAGUAUAUACCGAUAGCUGGUGGGAUUUUGAGAACGGCCCUUGAUAUGGGAUGCGGGGUUGCCAGCUUUGGUGGGUACAUGCUCGCAGAAGACAUUUUAACUCUUUCUUUUGCUCCAAGGGAUUCACACAAAUCACAAAUACAGUUUGCUUUGGAAAGGGGAAUACCAGCUUUGGUUGCUAUGCUCGGCACUCGCAGGCUUCCAUUUCCUGGUUUCUCUUUUGAUUUGGUGCACUGUUCUCGAUGCUUGAUCCCUUUCACUGCAUAUAAUACAACAUAUUUUCUUGAAGUUGAUCGGUUACUUCGCCCAGGAGGCUACCUAGUCAUCUCUGGUCCCCCUGUACAGUGGCAAAAACAAGAUAAGGAAUGGGCUGAGCUUCAGGCAGUGGCCAAAUCAUUGUGUUAUAAACUCAUUGUUGUGGAUGGGAACACUGCCAUCUGGAAAAAGCGAAACGGGGAUUCAUGUCAUCCUAGUCAAAAUGACUUCAACCUUAGCUUGUGCGAUGAAUCCGACAACCCUAGUGUUGCCUGGUACUUCAAGUUGAAGAAAUGUGUGAGCAGAAUGCCUUCUGCCAAGGGACAAUAUGCUGUUGGGACAAUUCCAAAAUGGCCAGAACGGUUGACUAAAGCUCCUUCAAGGGCUGGUGUGAUGAUAAAUGGAAUUAACGAGUUUGAAUCUGACAACCGGAGAUGGGCGAAGACAGUUGCUUACUAUAAAAAUUCAUUAAACAUAAAAUUAGGAACUUCCUCCAUACGAAAUAUCAUGGACAUGAAUGCAUUCUUUGGAGGUUUUGCUGCUGCACUAUUUUCUGAUCCUGUUUGGGUGAUGAACGUUGUCCCUGCUCACAAGCCGUAUACACUUGACGUUAUUUAUGAUAGAGGCCUCAUAGGAAUUUACCAUGACUGGUGCGAGCCUUUCUCUACAUAUCCUCGGACGUACGAUUUGAUUCAUGUAGCUGCUAUGGAAUCUCUAAUAAAGGAUCCCGUCUCUGGAAAGAGCAGGUGUAACCUUGUGGAUGUGAUGGUGGAAAUUGAUCGAAUGUUGCGUCCUGAAGGCACAGUUGUGAUUCGAGAUACACCCAAAGUGGUUGCCAAAAUAGAUCGAAUUGCUCGUGCCAUAAGAUGGAAAGCUUCUAUACACAGGAAGGAAUCCGAGUCGCAUGGAAAUGAGAAAAUUCUUGUAGCAAGAAAGAACUUCUGGAAGCUAUAGGUACCCUUCAAUCUUUAAUUGGCUAAUACAUAGUAAACUGGAAUUUCAUGCAUCAAAUGGGACAGUUUUCUAUCUCGUUCGUUUUUGUUUUACUUACUUAAAAGAGGUAGCUGUGAUAGAAUGAGGACAAAUACGUAGAAAGAUGGAAAGACACGUGAUAUUUACAGUAAAAUUCUGUAAAAAUUGCAUCAUAGUGCCAUAUCUUUUGUUUAUUGUAGACAAUUAUUUGGAUCGAAUAGAAUGACCGAGGAAAAAUAGUGUAUUUUAUGAUAAUAAUGCUCGUGACAUUUCUUUCGCGGCGUUAGCAUUAAUUAUUCUGAUUAAAGUGUUCUUAAUUUUAUUA